GGUGGGGAACCUUCCUCCUCCUUCCGCUGGGAUCUGCAGAAAAGGAGGGGGUUCCCGGCCCGUGGGAAGGCUGCCACCUGAGCUCCGUCCUCUGGCAGACGCAGCCUUGCGCCGCCACCGGUCCAGCCCUGACGUGAGCCCUUCUGGCUGGUUGGCAGUGAGCGCAGAAGCCCCGCGGCAGGUGUGGGCGACAUGGCCGAGCAGCUGUCCGAGGAGCAGGUGGCCGAGUUCAAGAUGGCCUUUGACAGUGUUGACAAGAAUAGGGACGGUGUCGUCAACGUGGAGGAGCUGGGCGCUGUGAUGCGGGCCCUGGACCAGGCCCCGUCAGAGGCCAUGCUGAAGGAGUUCAUCUCCCAGAUGGACACGGACGGGGACAGCGCCAUCAACUUCCAGGAGUUCCUGGUGGCGAUGGCCAAGAUGAAGGCCUUGGGCGGCAAGGGCCACCUGUGGGAGGCCUUCCGCGCCUUUGACCUGGAUGGCAACGGCCGCAUCAGCUUGGACGAGCUCAAGCAGGCCACGGCCAAGCUUGGGGUGACGCUUUCCCCGGAGGAGCUGGACGUCAUGAUCCGGGAGGCCGACGUGGACCAAGAUGGGCAGGUGGACUAUGAGGAGUUCCUGCACAUCCUGGCCCAGAAGUGAGGCUGCCUCCUCCUGCUGCCGCCCAGGCCCCGCUUCCAGGGGGGACGCAGAGGGGCCGUCUGGGUCGUGGGUAGGAUGCUGGGCCCCUCCCCGGCCUGGGUUCUGCGCUCUCCCCGGUGAGACUUCAAGUGCUCGUGGAACGGGUGUGCUCCCUACCUCACAGGGCUGUUGUGAGGAACCCUAAAGCAUCGUGGUGGUCGGAAUAAAAAGGGGUGUGAGCUCCAA